AUGCCGCCCUCACAGGCCAUCCACUCUGGAUACCCAAGAACCGACCUCUCGUCUCUGAUGGGCGACAUCGACUCCCUCGCCCGCUCCAUUACUCCACCAGUGCAAGGCAUUGACCCUUUUCAUGAUGGAUUCUUUGUCCCUCCAAAUACUGACUUGGUUGCGCUGUUGGAGGAUUCGACUAACCCAACCAAUGCGACGCCAAUGAUUAGUGCUGUACAUGGUCAUGGCCUUCCCUCAGCGUCGCCAUCGCAUUCAAUGACACUCGCCUCACAAAACGAUCGUCCAACGUGCCCUCACUGCGGCGAGCUUUCGCAUUUCGACUUUAUCACCAGCUGGUCUAUGCCCGGGCAGGUGGACUUGCCUGGUCAAUACAUAUCCUACCAAGGUGUCCGCUCCGAGGAUCCAAGUAUCCAUGCCUUGCCUCCUCUGCCCAUGACUGGCAUUGACCUUUUCAAUUGGGAUAGCAUUUUAACCAACGUAACCGAGGCUGUAUCUUCUCAUGGCAGCUCUGCCGUUCCUCCGAGCGUCAAUGUCCCCCAGACCAUCGGGACCUCGGCCAAUGUGAUUCCCAUCGCUGCGGAAUCUGGGCAAGCGACUAUGUCCUCCCAGAGUACUGUAGCCUCGUCGCAGACCAAGACAACCUGUAUUCACUGUGGCGGCAAGCACUCUCGAAAGUCCCGCUAUGAAGCCUGCAAGAACAAGCAUCUUAAUCUCCAGCCAUUUGCAUGUAAUGGAGGAUGCGGUAGGCCAGGAUGCGUCAAGACAUUUACGAGUUCUGAGCGAAAGAAGGCACAUACUCGAGGUCGUCAAGUUUGCGAGAAAUGGUCUCGCGCGAUUGAGAUUGUGCAAAAGGCAAUAGACGAGGAUGUGAACCAGAACUAUGCAGAAGCCUACAAGCAGUAUCAGAACGCGCUUGACUACUUUAUGAUGGCUCUCAAGUACGAGAAGAAUGACAAGCUCCGCGUGUUGAUCCGGAAAAAGGUCGAUGAAUAUCUGGACAGGGCAGAGAAACUCAAGGCGCACAUCGCAAAGGCAGAGACGGCAAAGACAGCUGCUGCAAUCGGCAGCAGUGGCAAGACCACGUCGGGCGGAAAGGAAGACGACGGAGACGACCCAGAGGUUAAGAAACUCCGGGCGGGACUAUCGAGCGCAAUCGUACAUGAAACCCCCAACGUGAAAUGGGACGACGUAGCUGGUCUUGAAGGCGCAAAAGAGUCGCUCAAAGAGGCCGUCAUUCUCCCUAUCAAAUUUCCACAUCUCUUCACUGGCAAGCGUACGCCAUGGCGUGGGAUUCUCAUGUAUGGACCUCCUGGUACCGGAAAGAGUUAUCUCGCAAAGGCGGUAGCCACCGAGGCAAAGAGCACCUUUUUCGCCGUCUCCUCGUCAGACCUGGUCAGCAAAUGGAUGGGAGAGUCGGAAAGGCUCGUCAAACAGCUCUUCACAAUGGCUCGCGAGCAAAAGCCGGCCAUCAUCUUUAUUGACGAAGUCGACUCGCUGUGUGGCACACGAGGAGAAGGAGAAUCGGAAGCCUCGCGACGUAUCAAAACCGAGUUUCUUGUCCAGAUGAAUGGUGUCGGCAAUGACGAUACUGGCGUCCUUGUCCUUGGCGCUACCAAUAUUCCUUGGGCUUUGGACAAUGCCAUCAAACGCCGAUUCGAGAAGCGAAUUUAUAUCCCAUUGCCUGGACCAGAGGCUCGCAAACGUAUGUUUGAGCUCAACGUAGGCACGACGCCGUGCGAGUUGUCCGCAAAGGAAUAUCGACAGCUGGCAGACCGAACGAAUGGAUACUCUGGGUCCGAUAUCGCUGUGGUCGUGCGCGAUGCAUUGAUGCAACCCGUCCGCAAGGUCCUCUCGGCCACUCACUUCAAGUCUGUCGCUGCACCACAGACGGAGCACCAGAAGACACUAGGCGGUCGAUGGCCGAAGUGGACGCCGUGUUCGCCUGGAGACGCAGAGGCAGUCGAAAAGAGUUGGUCAGACGUCGAGAGUGAUGAAUUACUCGAGCCACCCCUUCGCAUGGCCGACUUUGUGCGUGCGAUUGCGCAGGUGAGACCGACUGUCACCGAAGACGAUAUCCGGAAGCAUGUCGAGUGGACAAACGAUUCCGGAGAGGCGGGCGCAUAG